AUGCGAGUGAUUCUUCGUGCCAAGGGCAAGAGCCAGCUUGAGAUCAAGAACGCGCUGACAAAACCUGCAGUGCAUCUUUCAAAGCGAGAUCAGCAUGAACUGCGUAAAGCUAUCGAGUACGACAGUAUUCACAAAAGUGAUCCAUUCAUUGGUGCACCCAAGUAUAAUGCUGACUCGUUGGAAAGAGCCAUUGAGCAUUUUUUAAAGGCCAAGGGGAUCCGUCUCAAGACCCAAAGCGAAUUAUGCGCAGACCAAAUUGUGAGUCACGGCCGUCGUGUUAUCUCGCCCGAUAUUUUGCUUCUCGAUCCCGUGAUUAUCAACGGUGUGCCUAUCCGAUGGAUUGAUGCCAAGAACUAUUAUGGUGCUCACAUUGUAAGCAAGCGUCUGAUUUCAACUCAGCUGUCAAAUUACGUCAAAGAAUGGGGUCCUGGUGCCAUUGUGUUUGGUAUGGGCUAUAGCGACAUGUUUUCACUGCCAGGUGUCAUGUGUUUGGACACGACACCAUUUCCCAAGACGCGAAAGGAAGCUGCAAAGAUCCGCAUUAAAUCCUUUCUAUACUCGUGUCUCAAUGUUUUUCGCUGGAAAAAGCAUUUGGGUAGUGAGUUGACAAAGAAAUACUUUAGUAGUAUUGAAGACGACGCAUCGGUAAAAUCGUCAACCCCGUAG